AUGAAGUUCUCCGCCACCGGUACCAUUCUUCACGCCCUCAACCAUCAUGCCUCCGAGACUCCUGACAAGGUUGUCUUCACGUGGGUCAACAUCAAGUGUGAGGAGCAAAACAAGGUGACAUUCAAACAGUUACAGGACCAGUCCAACGCUGUGGCGGCUCGUCUCCUCAAACUUGGAUGUCACAAGGGAGAUCGUGUCAUGAUCGCCUAUCCCUUUGGUCUUGAGUUCUUGGCUGGAAUGUUUGGAGCCAUGAAGGCCGGGGUCAUCCCCUGUUCCAUUUAUCCACCCAAUCCCAACCAGCUCAAGACAGACAUGCCCAAAUUCCGUGGAUUUGUGGAGGAUGCUGGAGCCAAGUAUGCUCUGACUACUGCUGCUUUUGCUGCUGGCAUGACUGCGGCUAGUGUCCUCUACAAGACUGGAGUGAAGUGGAUCGGGACAGACAAGCUACCAAUCAAGAAACACAACCCCAACAAGCCCAAAGAUUACGAGACGUUUGAGGGAGAACCGAACAACGUCUGCUUUAUCCAAUACACCUCUGGCAGUACUGGACGACCCAAAGGUGUCAUGAUCAGUCAUCGAAGUCUAGCAGAAAAUUGCAUGGCUCUUGUCAAAAUGACAGAUGUAUCUUCAUCAUCCAUGGCAGCCUUGUGGGUCCCACAAUAUCAUGACAUGGGGCUUGUGGCGGGGUUCAUGUCUUGUCUUUAUGGUGGCUUUCACCUAGUCCUAGCGUCACCUCUCGACUUUGUUGCCAGACCUCUUCUGUGGACAGAUAUGAUAGAGCAAUACCAGGCAACACAUACGUGCGCCCCUACCUUUGCCUAUGCCUUGCUCCUCAAACGAUUAGAGCAGGCCAAUCGGACUGCCAACUGGAGUUGUGUAAAGCGUGCCAUGUUUGGUGGGGAACCCGCCCAGAGCCAUGUUGUGGAAGGAGCAGCAAAGGCCCUCUCCAUCAAGCCUGCACAUGUGUACAACAUCUAUGGACUUGCUGAGUCUGUGGUGUUUCUUACUGGUGGCUCUGCGUACCCUGACUCAGAGGGGCUUGUCUGUUGUGGAGAAGUAGAUUCCCCGACCCUCAAGCUUCGGAUUGUCCAGGAUGGAAAAGAGGUUAAAGAUGGACAGGUUGGGAGUAUCUGGGCCCAGUCACCUAGAGUGGCUGCUGGAUACUAUGGCCAGUCUGAGCUAACCACGGCUACCUUUGCAAAUGUCUUACCAGGCUAUGCUGGAAGCUGGCUUGAUACUGGUGACUUGGGCAAGGUUGUUGAUGGGCAGCUCUAUGUUACCGGGAGAGUGAAGGAUGUCAUCAUUAUCAAUGGAAAGAAUUACUAUCCAACGGAUGUGGAGCUCUCUAUUGAUGAUCUCUUUGGUGAUGUGAUCCGUCCAGGCAGGACCACUGCCUUCCAGUAUGGGGAAGACAGUGUCGGUAUCACAGUGGAGGGCCGUAAGGACUUUGAUAAGCCAGGAAACAAACAUUUGGCUGUUCAGAUAUCCAAUCAUGUAUCUCAGGUGCAUGGGCUUCUUGUCUCUAAUGUUGUAGUUCUGAAGUUGGGUGUAACGCCAAAGACCACCUCUGGCAAGCUGAAGAGGAGUGAGAUCCGGUUGACCACUAUUGCUGGUGACUGGAAGGAUCCUUCUGUGCUCUUAAGAUUCCAACGACAGGCAAACAGGUCACCUAUCCAGGCAAACAUAUCAUCUGCAGAGAAAAGCUCUUUCCUUGAGCACAGCUUUGCAAUGAAUGGGGUAACAAGCACUGAGUUCUAUUUGUCAGACGAAACUCAACAUAAAAUCAGGAGAAGAUCAAUGACUCUACCUUUUGAAUCUCUUGACUUUGGCAGUGUGCCCAAUGUUGAGCUUCCUGACAUCGAAGUUAGCCAAACAGAUGCCCUCCCUGCCAAAGCUGUUGAAGCUGUUCAUGCUGUAGAGUGCAACCCCAGCAAGUUGGAUGAGUAUUUCUCUGAGCUUCAUCUUUCUGGGGUUUCUGGCAUUGAUGAUGCUUGGUCCAAUGCCAUCAAGACAACAGCUGCUAUGCAAUCAAUGUGCUCCCAAAUCCUGUGCCAUCUUGAGGACAAGCACCCAAGCAUCUGCCAGCUUGCUUGUAGUCUUGUUGAGAAUCCUGACUGGAUUUUGCUUGAUGACAGGACAGAUUUCCUUUCUCAACUUGUGCAUCAAAUAUUUGUUCUUCAAUGGGCGACAAUAUUCAUGAUGGAUAACCCAGUGUGUAUGGAGCAAAAGCUGCAGAAGGAUGCAGAGUGGGAACGAAUGCUUGGAUACACCCCACCGUCACAGACACGCAACAAUGGAAUGGUACUAAAUGAAGAAUAUUGGCUGUCUAAGUUGGACCAAUGGGAAAGAAUGAACAAUGCAACCCAGAAAAUCAAUCCAACUUCUAAUGUUGUCUCUGCAGUUGGUGGUGGAGCUGCAAUACCAAAUGACUUUUCCACCAAAUACAUCACCACCAUCAGAUCUAUCCUUGGAUUGGAGGCAGACACAUCUAAGACAUGGGCUGAGAAUGGACUCUCAUCGCUGAAGAGCGCAGAGCUCAGGAACAAGAUGGAGGAAGAAUUCCAUGCUACACUGCCAGCCAACUUUGAACAGCUCUACCCAACACCCAAUGCACUCUCAGUCUUCUUGGAGGCAUCAAAAGGCCAGAGCUUUCCUAAAGAUGAUGUUGGUCACCUUGAGUUUGAGUGGAAUUCUUCAAGGUCAAAGUGCAGCAAGCCAGUGCUUGGCAUACUCCAGGGCCUUGCGUCCAUUGUGAUUUUUUUACUAUUGUUGGUUUCACUUCUCCCAACCUAUUUCCUUGGCAGCUGGGUUUUUGAUAUUGAUCGUUGUGACUCUGCCACAGGCUCCAAAUGUCAUGGUCCAGCCUUUUGGAUUCUUUUGCCCAUGGCCUUUCCUAUGUUCAUCCUAUCCUUCUCAUUGGUUGUAGUGUUCUCCAAGAAUGCUGUUGUUGGGACAUACCAACCUCGACAGUUUGAGAUUUUGUCAUGGGCCUACCUUCGCUGGUGGUUCAUGGACAGGUUGAUGGACAUUUGGGAAUCUAUUGUGGGGCACUUCUUUCUUGAGACAAGGUACAUUUGGCUUUUCUAUUGGCUUCUUGGAGCGGACUUGGCCUGGUCAGCCAAAAUUGAGGCUUACAUCCGUGAAUUUGAUCUGGUCAAAGUGGGCAGCAACGCUACUAUUGGCCACUCAUUAAAGUGCAGGAAGUUUGCUCAAUCCAAUGAAGAAUGUCCCAAGAUUACGUUCCGUCCCAUUGUCAUUGGAAACAACUGCAAGAUCUCUGGGAUGGUUAGCCCCGGAUCAAUCGUUGGCGAUGGCAGCAAGGUGGAGAAAUUGACUGUUGUAGAAGCUGGUUCCAAACUGCCAAAUGAUGUCCUUGCCAAGGGAAUUCCUGCCUAUAGUUCUGGGAUCCACCAUUAUUCAGAACCAAUCCAAAAGGAGGAAACAGCUUUGGGUGUCAUCAAGAUUGUUUGGACCCUUAUUGAAUCUUACCACUUCUUCACACUUUCCUUCCUGGUGCAUGCAUUGCUCAAUCAAAUCUUGCCAUUGUGGCGAUAUGCCACUAUUCUCCAUUGGAUCUUGCUUGUUCCAACCUCCUCUUUCCUUGCCCUUCUUACAAGUAUGGCUCUCAAAUGGCUUCUAAUUGGGAAACGAGAUCCAUCAGAUGACUAUGACGGUUCACUAUAUCGCCGAGCAACCAAUUGGGCUUGUGACUUCCACUUCCGUGUAGCUUGCUGGACUCUAACUCCCUUCUUUGGCCAAUCCCGACUUUGGAACAUUGUCCUCUUCCUCCAUGGCCUUGACGUCGACAUGGAAUCGGGUCUGAACAACCCAUACCUCAUCUUCUACCCUUCCAAAGUCGACUUUGUUAAGAUCCGGAACUCAUUCAUUGCUACAAUAUCUCUUGACUUUGGCAAGAAAGGUGACUCUAAGAUUGAGAUAAUCAACAGCAGUGUCGGCUACAAUGUCACUCUACAUGCCGGUGUCAAGAUUAUGCGCUCUGCAAUUCCCCCAAGAUCAGAUGUUCCUGACAGUGUCUAUGAUUUGAACCAAUCUGGAGAUGCAUGGAAGCCUACUGUGAUUAUGGACUUGUUCCUUCCAGAAGUGGUUCAAAUGCUCUUAAACUUGGGGAUCUUUGCCUCCCUCAUUCCUGCCUAUGAGAUUGGUCUUGCUGCCACAAGGAGUUCUUCCAUUUCCAUUACUACAUGCGGGAUAACAGCAGCGUUUGUUCUUCAAUUGUUCCUGUGGAUACUUUCAUCCAGAGCAGUUGAAAGGGCCUUGAUGAUUCUGCCAAAGUAUGCUCAACAGAGUUUCUUUGGAGUUUACAUCAACCAUGUCUGGAUUUUUGGAGUAGGGAACUGGCUUGUUCUCCUUCUCUAUGGAACUCCAAUGUUUGCCUACUAUGCUCGCAUGAUGGGUGCAACAGUUGAAGGGGAGCUUUGGUACUUUGGCAAUGCUCUCUAUGAGUAUGAGCAUUUGCACUUCAAAGGAAUCACAGUUGUUGAUAGUGCCCAUGUGAGCGGACACUACAUUGAUCUCAAUGGGCUUACCAUUGAUGAUACCUAUGUGUCUGGGGUGUUGCAUCCAGGUUGCUAUGCUUCUGCUGGAUCGGUGGUAUCUGCUGCCGAACAUGGUCCAUGGAAAGUGUUCUUAAAAAGUGGUAUGGGUGCCAAGGAUUCAACAAAUUUACCAAGUGAUUCUGCCUCCAACAAUGUUGAUUCAUCCAACUUAGUUUAA